AUGAACGAGGAAGAGCUAGCGCAAGGGGUAUCGUCUGAGCUUGUCUUGAGCGUGCUGAGGAAUUGUCCUGGCGGCAGCAUCACUGCUAUUUAUCUCUCGAGAUGUAGGGAUGUUGCCUUUGUCGACGACUGCCUGUCCUUCCCGAAUCCGUCCCGCCGUCAGACCACAACCUGUUGCCAUGGCUCAUCCUUGAGUCGAGGUGGUGACACCCCACCUGGCCGCGUCCAACUACAUUGCUACGAUCCACAGAUGACUUUCAUUCUGACGCUAAAGCAAUGCGGAGACGGGCUGCAAUGGCACCCUAGGCCGUGCCGGCGUUUCCAGGUGCAGAAAGUUAUCACAUCUGCUAAGGGAUCAACGGGUCGUGGCUUUCUGAACCUCGUCGACCUAUGUCUGGGCUUGAAAACCCCUCAGAUUCCUAGUCGCAUCGCUCAGCUUGACCGAUGGGCUUCUGCGCCCUCUCGCCUCCACUCAACGUCGCAGCCAUCCCUCUUGGCCGACACCGAAGAUGCCGGUCUCUUCUCGUGCAGGUUGGAGGCAUCGUCGGCCAGUCACCUUAUCUGCUCAUGCUGCAAGAACCGGUCUUGGGCACCCCCUCCGGCCCUUCACUCCCGCCGCUUGAUUGGAAGGCUAGUCAUCAGCGCAUGCAUAUUGCAAUCCGCCGUCAGUCCUCUUCCUUCAGCUGAUCAGUGGCUCCACUCAACGGUUGGCUUUUCCCGCGCCCGGCCUAUCGUUAGCAUGCUAGGCCAUGCACGCUGA